AUGGACAUCUGCACCGUGCAUGUGCACAUCGGCAUGGUACACGUGCACAUCAGCCCCGUGCACAUCAGCACCGUGCAACGGGGGCCUACACAAACAAAGAGUGAGAGAGCGAGCAGACGAUUCUCUUUGAGGCUUCAGUUGGAAUCCCAGAGACAACCCUUCAUUGCUGGUGUUACAGUGAAAGCCGUGGCCCCGACCCUGCCCAGCCUGCGCUCCGAGGUGUUCAAGCCGUGCGUGGAGGACAAGGACCUGGCCUUCUGUCUGAACGACGGGGAAUGCUCCAUCAUCGAGACCAGAGCAGGAGUGCAUCGACACUGCAGGUGUAAAGAGGGCUACCACGGACUUCGCUGUGACCAGUUUGUGCCCAAGACGGACGCCAUCUUGUCGGAUCCAACGGAUGAACUUGGGAUCGAGUUCAUGGAGAGCGCUGAGACGUACCAGAGACAGAUGCUCUCCAUCCUCAGCAUCUCGCUGGGUAUCUGUCUGCUGGGUGUGGCCUGCAUGGCUCUGUACCGCCGAAACAAGGGCCACAGAGAGAAGCUCCGGUCCCAGUUCUCAGAGAGUCGCAGCCUGAGGGGCUGUAGCUUCGCUCCUCCCAGCGUGAUGCCCAAAUCUAGUCCAAGGCUUCAGUACGGCCCCCAGCAGCAAAAGUGGUCACAUCCUCGCACGUCCGUGGUGAAGGUUGGCGGUGGCGUGGUGCCCGUCUUGCCACCGCCCCUGGCUUCCCCCGCCCUCACCAGAGCCCUGGCAAAGGUCAAACGCUUCAGGAGCAGCUCACUGUCAAUCAGUCCCGCCCAGGAGUGCAGGGGCGGGAAUAACUGCCAGAUCCCGCCCACCUCCAGAGGGAAACGCAGCCUACUGGAUGGAGCCAGGGUGAGUGGGCGGGCCUACAGCCAUCUCGAUGAGGCAGAGGUUAUGAGGUCAGAGUUCAUGGACCAGGAGGCGGAGUCUUUACGGAGGUGUGGCUCCGCCGGGGGGGGGGCAGGCGGUCCGCUCGGCCGCCCCUCGCUCUCUCCCUUCAGCUCCAGGCGGGGCUGGACCGAGGUCCCGUGCACGCGCCUCGAAACGGGGGCCGCCGUCCGGCCCGCCUCCCUCCGCACGCGCUCAGUGUCCAUCAUCCCCUCCCUUCAGGCCCCUCCCCCGGGGGGAGAGGAGGGGGGCGAGGCGCUCCCCGACGGCGCGCUGCUGUCGUCGCCGGCCGGGUCGAAACACAAAGCGCGGCCCAGCGCCCCGGCGGCGGCGCCCUGGUCGCAGGGCCGGAUGGACGCCGCGGGCAGAGCCACGCAGUGCGGACGCCCCAGACCGCAGCGUCCGGGCCGCGCCCCCACGGCUCUGGGGCCGGCGCGCCCGCGGGGGGAGGAGGGACACGCCGGUGAGGGCAGAGCGUCCCGGGAGCAGGGAGGUACGGGCCCCGGGUCGGUCACCAGAGGGGCCUGGAGGGAGGGGCCUCACGCCAGCUGA